AUGACCUCAUACAAUUCGCCAGAUGCGAGCACCAGCGGACGAGAAAACAGCGAGACUUCAUUUGACGAAACCGGUGGUGAAAUAACUUCAAGCCCCGAGGAAGAAGACAGUGCUGAAGGUAAUACUUAAUAAGAUUUCCGCAAAUGCAUAUGCUUCACUGCUCCGCACUGUGUGCUUACAUUUGAAGACUUUAGCAUGCUGAAUGUCGUAUCCACAGACGAAAUUGCACUUGACUUAUUUCACUUACGAAGCAAAUACAGUCGCACAAUUUUAUUGCCUUUUUCACCGUAGCACACCUUUGGGCAGAUAUUUUGUCUUGGUGAAGGUACAACUAUGAAUAACUCGUAAAAAUCAUAGUAAUCCCUAGUAUUCUUGAUCAUACGCGUUUUGUUUUCGCCAGAUUGUGGAAAAAUAAGAGAAUGCUUACGAAUACGCCAAUUUCAGGAACGAUUUGUACAAAAUUGCGGAACCGUAUUUAAAGAGGAUGUGUGUAGACCAUUACGCGGAACGUCUCAUAACUAAGCCUGACGUAAUAAACGCUCACAUUCCUUGUGAAACUGCAUUUAAAAGGAAAAAUAUAGCAUCAAGGGGGUAAUUUGUGGAUGUCUAUGACUUCUAGAGGUUUAGGCCAGACGGUCUUUAAGUGCUUUUUAACUAAGACAUCUACAUUUAUCAACGUGUUGAAAAUGGUCGGCAUAGAAAUUGGGUGUGUAAUUAAUUAGUUCUACUUUUUUCAGCUGAGCACUUUUUCCUGUUAACAGACCCCUCCCGUUUGACGUUCGAAACACCACAGACGCCGUGGGAGAGGUUACGAAGAAAUGUCUCUAGAUCAAUAUUUUCUCUGCCCAUCUUAUCGGAACUCAAGGCCCUGUACCAACUCGCGACGGCAGUUGUAGGCAGCGCUUUUAAAAAUUCUAAAGACAAUACUUAGUUUCUCACGUCUCUUGGGCAAAAUUGCCUUUUCUUUGAGUCCAAUAUGAUUUGCGGUUCUCUUGGGAAGGAAGCUCUUGCAGCUGUUGGGCUUGCAAACAGCGUAAGUAAUCCUCUUGUUAGUAGCACGUUGUUGUUUACAUCUUUCAUUCAUUAAACCAGAUGCAGUGUAUUCAUGUUGCUUUUACACACCGUGUACUUGGAAGGUAGCCUCUGUCCAGACCUGCGACCGUAUAAAAAUGUCUUAAGGCAUCAAUACUAAAAAAAUCAAGUUAUUUAUUCUUAAAGAGUCUACUGAGAGCUGCCUAUUGUCAAGAUGAGUACAGGGACGGUUCGAUCAACAAAAUUUGAUUACCAAGCGCGCUCACAGUGGACUGGUGGUUGAUUCAAACUAUCUGGUCGAUGAACCACAACUGCCUCUAAGCCAACAUUUACUACUAUUUCUUCAUCUGUCAGUCUACGUCCGGGAAAUUUCUGUAUAUCUUGAAAGAUGAAAAAUUGAGGCCGCGGUAUUUUUCUAUACGAAGAGGGUGAGACUCUUAGGUUCAAAUUUGUAUUUAUCUGGUGUUCCGGAUUCCCACGCCAUCCGCUCAUCAAAUAUGAAUGAAAACGCGCAGGUGACUUGAAACUCAAAGGCCUCCACCACAAGCAACUUUCAGUCGCGCUAUAGAUUUGUCCUAGCAGAGCCUGACAAACGAUAUGCCUGUCCGUAAAUCAUCUAUUUAAUCCCACGCUUCCAGUAGUUGGUACGAAAAAGAUGACUAAGCGCCCACCGGUGCCAGUUUGUCCGUUCAACCAUCAAAAACCUCAUUCAUUCAUCCUUGUUGGGAUUUUCUCACUACUUUGGCCGUCAUUACUGAUUUUGCAGCCAUUGCGUUCAAUCUGCAAAAGACGGCUGAAUUUUGAGUGAUCUACUAACGGUCCUUUAAAUGCCUAAUCUGUUAGCGUCUUACCGUUUGCAACCUACGGGGAUGUGUGUAGUACAAGUACAGCUAACAUUCUCACUACGAACAUUGCCGAGAUUUUUUUGGGCGAGUUUAUGAAUAGAAGAAAAAGUCUGUACAGUUAGUUAGAGUAAGCGGAAUUUUUUCGGAAGGAUGCGGUUAUGUAUGUGUAUGUAUGUAUGUAUGUUGGGGUUAGGGGCUAGAGUUAGGGGCUAGGAUUAGAGGUUAGGGUCAGGGCAACUAUUUCUCAACCACUCAAAGUACAACCGCGCAUUUCCAAUAGCUUUUAUUUAGCAUACAACUACUUGACCUCGUCGCCUGUGCGUUCCCCGUCCCCACCUGUAAAAACCCCUAGCACCACCGGGCCCGUAUUACAGGUGGCUGGGGUUUGUUUACUUCAGGUGGGGCUACAUAGCCACAUCUGACCAUCUUAUCAAACGUAUUGCACAUUCAAGAGCCCUUUACUCUCUGCAGGUAAUUUAUGCUCUUGGGCAUGUACUUGGACUGGGCCUAGUAACAGCUUGCGACACACUCUUCUCCCAGCUCUAUGGCAGCCCAAGUCGACACCGGAUAGGCAUGCUUCUGCAAAAGAGUAAGUCAAACAAUCACCCAGCCAUUAAGUAGCGCUUCCUGAUGAAGCUUGAUUAACAUUUUGCAAACAUUUUGCAAGUUUCAUUCGCGAACGAAAGCAUGUGUACAUUUUCGACGUUUUGAAGCAGGACAAAGCACGCCCCGCCUGAAAUUCAAUCUUGAUUGAGGUCUGGUGAGAUGGACAAUCGUACGCCUACAAGAUUAAAUUUUUUAGCCCAGGGCAUUUGAAAACCAGUGGAACACUUCGGUUACUGGUGUAAGCCAACAGCAGCGUUGUGUGAAUGCUACCAUUGCAUGUUUCAUAUCCCCGCACCUAUCUGCUGCCGUGUGUAGAACUGCUGAUCACUGGACCGACUGGAAUAUAUCCGUUCUGAAGUAUUGAGGAGCCACUGCUAAAUACUGAUUACCCAGACGCUCGGGACAGUUUCGAACGCGUACUGCGCGGAAACAGGCAUACCCGAUCGCAACUAAUAGGACAACGAACCCGCGCCUCAGAUGUUGGGGGUAUUGGACUUCUAACCAACAGGUCGCGGGAUCGAGCCCCAGGUGUUGCACACCUCGGGGCUUGACAUAGCUGGCUGACAACAGUUAAAAAAAACAGAAAUGGCCAUUCCAGUCUCCACUGUCAUUCUGCCUAUAUUACGCGUCGCUAUGCGACUGCUAGUGGAUCUCGAGAGAGUCCAAAGACACAAUGGGGCGAAUGAGUUUCGUAACGCAAUGGCUGGGCACCCCUCUACCAUAGUAACUUUGUACGUUCCGGCAUCCAACUCCAAUAGUCGGAUCCCAGAGGAAUAGUCCGGUUUAUGCGCUAUUAACCCGGCUCACAUUAACCACAAGUUGGAACCUUCGGCUCAAGCAGUAAACAGUGUCAACUGAUACCCCGGCCGUUCCAUUCUCCGUCAAGUCUUGUGCCAGAAAAAAAGAGGCGGGCUUUACAAGAGAAGGGCCAAAUGUCCCAAUCAUCGAUAAGGCCAAAAGCGGGCAGACGGGAUAACGCCCACGCACUUACAGUUGAGCCACGCCUACCACGUAUCGAUCCAAGUAGCCGUGAUCUCACGGUCGGCACACGCCCAGGCCAAUGAAAACAAUGGAAAGCGCGGAGAGGAGGCAGAUUAUGAAUAACGUGCACUAAUCCGAUUAGUGUUCCAGACCUGAACAUCGGUCAGUUGGCCGAACCGCUUAAACGCCAGGUAGGCAGUAGACGCACACCAAUGAAUGUCCCCGGGCUUUGGGGAACCCCGUUCUGGGGCGCGACGUUAUGCCAAUUUAAAGAGAAUUUCAGUUUUUUGUUUCGAUAGGAGAAACCUCACAGCAACUGGCUCAAUCGCUUUUAUAUUUGAGAACUAAUAUUAAGGGGAGGCCGUCUUCCUGCAAUGUCUCGAAUUUAUUUGUAAAAGUUGGUGUGCGAGACCUCGGCCCUCCGUGAAGCAUUGCUGCUAAUGGUUUGUUUGCGCCAAAUUGCCAGAAAUAGGAUUUUGCUUUAAUCGGUGUUAGCAGUCGUUCAGAACGCGGUACAUAGUUAAUCUGAUUUGAACCUUACCCUUUUACCAAGGUCGGCGGUAGAGGAACAUUCUUAUAGUUAAAACUGCCUAUGAGAAAUGACAAAUCACAGUUAGAAAACACGUGUGUCGACGCGAAAGCGAACCCCCACCGUUACGAUUUCUCGUGGGGCGGAGUCAGCCUUCGGCUUGUUGGCGACCGGCCGCCUAGUCUGGUCGGGUUCUUAUGUCAUAAAGCUCACUCCAAUCUUACGUGUUUCCAGUUAUUGUAAAUAGUUCAAGUCGUUGACGCGGUUUGCCAAAGUCAUCUCCGGGAAAGGACGUGCACGUACGUUUGAAGAUUUAAAAUUGUGCACAACGCAGUGCCUUGAAAGAAAAAUCUAGAUGGAAACAAGUUCUACCAAAUAAUCAGGGGGGUGCAAGUGCCCACCGUAUGAAUAUAGGAAACUGAAAUAUCGUGGUAAUGUACUAAGAAAAUAGCUGGCAUAUGUUAUUUACACAACAGUCUUAUGAAAGGUUGGCGCGCCAUCGUGUAAGAUAAAAUAAAAGGUAGUUGCAGAUAAUCGUCACGAGCUGGGAAAUUAGUGUCGAUUGACGCAUCAAGGCCCGCGGAUUUCAGAUAACUCAUCUGUACUGUUAGUGCUACUGGUUAUGAAUACAGUGACGUUGAAAACAUACACACUGCUGCAUUUGUAUAUUUGAUUCUUAUGCCUUUAUAUCUACCGUUCAGGUGUGAUGAUUAUCAGUCUAGUACCCCUGCUGUGUUCUGCGUACUUCCUAAAUCUGGAACCGUUGCUUCUGUUGAUUGGUACAGAACCGGAUGUUGCAAAGUAAGUUACCUCUAGUCCCUUUAGGUUUUUGGCGCAUAUAUGUGACGGAAGGGACAAAUCGGUUUCGUUGCUAACUUAUAUAAAACGAAUUUUAUGUUUUUUUGAAAAAUUUCCUCUUUAAGUAGGUAUAUUCAUGCUGUCUUUAUUAAAGCUUGCAGUUUAAACAACAAGCGUGAAAGACAGCGCUUAAGCUGCGUGAGUCAGGAUUUAAUGAUUUUCACGAUUAAAUAAUGGACAAAUCAAUAAAAAAUGGGGUGAAUCGCACUCAUGUCCACCUCUGUACGAUCAAAGUAGAAUUAUUACUCCACGUCAAAGUUCUCUUCUGGCCUCCACAUCGCCGUUCAUAGUUGUGGAAUCAGUGAGCAACCUAGAAAGAUUAUGCUGAUUGUUAAAUCUUGUUCGUUUGUUGAAGACCCUCUUUAUGAUCCUGAGAGGAGACCGAUAAAUUUAUCAGUCCCUACCUGAAAGGAGAUCAAAGGAAUUCAAGUGACAUAAAUGAAGGUUUCUGCUCCUAGUAACAGAUCUGUCGACCGAGCACUCUGUGUUCUUUAUUCAUGUUGUUUGCUCAUUUUAUUGUUUUUGCUAGAAACUGCAGGAAGUAGCGCUUGGAGCGAGAAAGUAGGACCCAUGAGGACCGUAUUUUACAGGGGAGGAAGCACUGUAGAAAGGAGCCAACUGAAAGGAGUCAAAACUCCCUUCUAGGCUAAACGUGCUGGUCUGCUUAUUUUUUGAAUGAUCUACUCUUAGGAAAGCUAAUGCCUCUUCUUUAUUAUCCUUUCAGAGCGGCAGCCGAGUAUGUCGCCUGGUUUUACCCUGGCCUUUUUGUAAGUCACCUUAAUUAUCAUUAUGCGUUUACAUAACUCCCAAAUUAUGUUAUCCCCAUUCUGUAGCACGCUCUGUGCAAGCAGACGGUGGUUUAGACGAGACAAUUUGAACCCCCAUUUCCUUUCAUUUUUCUUUAUCCAGUUCUGUUUCAAUUCCUACAUCCUAUCGCGCUAUCUACAGGCCCAGGUAUGCCAGUAAUUUGGAGGUUCGCUUAACAAAACUCCGUUUAGGACAAGGCUUUUGUUCCACUCACUGCCGCUUUGCUCGCAAAUGCAGUCAACCUAGGCCUGAAUUACCUCCUCGUCAUUCGAAUGCAGUUAGGCCUCAAGCAAGUCACACACUCUUCAAUCUCAUAUUCUCUUCUGGUCUCUCCUACCCCUUUUAAAGUAUACCCUGGACUCUUUAAAAUUAACGACUGCGGUCGAUGUCAGGUGCAAAAAAGUAUAAAUCAUUCCCACUGUUAUACAUUGUUGAUUCUAGGUUAUUUGGAGCAUGUGACUAGAAAAUCCAAACAGUAAUUUAAUUUUACCAUUGUAAUGAUUGUUUGACCCAAAAUGUAACUGGAUACAACUCUUUAGGUAAUGGUAAGUUAGCAAUCUCAUUUGGUCAUUUCUUCGGAGGAAUUACGUAGCGGGCACGCGCUGGCAUUCAGUAUCAGUGCAUAGUACAACGUUCCUAGCAUUGCGAAUAUCAGACAGAAGAAGUAAAUUACAUAUUUGUAAAGGUUGGAAGCGUCGAACCCCCUAAAACAGAAGUUAACUAGCUCGGAUAAUUAUUGACCAGCAUAACUUCUAUGCCUCCGUGAAGGGCAUCAGUUCUCCUUGAUGUUUCCAGAACAAACGCUUAUUUCGCAUACAUUUGUAACAAACACAAAAUUUCAAUUACCUGACCAAAUUUCCCUUAUUUUGGGAAAAAUUGUUUGUCUUCUUGGAACCUUCCCAUAUGCUAUACCAAAAAGCAAUUUCUGGGACCUAUUGCAUUUCCACAUGCGUUCGGUUAGCUGCCAUAAAGUAAUAUUUCAGAAUGAAAAUUUUCCAAAAACCGUCUUCUCCUGCAGGGCUUCCGCAGUGUCGCUCGCAGUUUCCUUUGGAAUCCAACUGGUAUUUCAAGCAGUAUACGCCUUUGGGCUGGACAAAAAUUCCCAAACCUGGAAGGGUAAAUACAACUUUUUUGAAAUUUUUGUUUUUCAAUAUGUCACUUUAAAAUUUAGUUUUGCAUAGAUGUGAAUACAUUGUGUCAAUUAAACAGCGGAAUUAGCGACUAUACUGCACAGGAAGUCAAUGAUUUUACGCUUGUUCGAUGUCCAGUUAUUCGAAAAAUACCUCAUAAACUCUUGAUUAGGUUGAUUCUAAUGGCCAGAUCCUCAAUAGUUGUAAAGCACAGUUCCACAAUAACCCAAACAUUUGAUAUCUGCCAAAGUCGCGAACGUACGCCCUAAGACGGCGUCAGAAAUUGAUCAGUUCACAGCUUAAAAUUAACAGUAUGAAAUACGAAUUUGGUGUAGAUGCAGCAGAAAAACCUUGUCGCAUAUAAAAACCCAGAGUUACAAAGAACAGAGGCACCUUAUUUUUUAAUGGGCUGGAUAAUAUUUUGUUAAAUUUCUCCGAAUUAACUCGAAGUUGGGAUCUUAAAGGCAGCCAGACAAAAACGGACCUGUGGACUAGUUAAAAAAUCUACCGGAAAGAAAAGGAAAGCAGUAAUUACCACACAUGCUUGAGACAUGUUUUUCGGUCUUCUGCAAAAAUCGCCAAAGACAAACCACAAUUUCCUAUGCAUUAUACAUUUGCCUAAUGCUUGAUAUUCCACAAAAAUGGUAAAUCAAAGUCUUCUUAUGUUAAUUUCAAUAACUUUUAUUCUUGGUAUAGAACCAAAGCAGAGUGAAUUCCUGUGAAUAUGCUCUAAAAAAUACAUGUAUUAAUGUUGGUUUCACUGCCAUACUCUUUGGAAACCUUCUGCACUGCGUUAUACAUCAAAUUUAUCUACCAGUUUAAAUAGGAUAUAUACUUUGCAAUCUUGCCCAUCUAUAUGACACAAUCCGGAAAGUCUCGUCUUUUUGGGUAGCACUUUUCGAGGACAUAAUCCGGCUGAAUUUCAUGUUUUUUCGAAAUAAACACUACUGCGCUUACCCAACUUUUGCCAGCCUAAUUAAAAGUCACUUAUGUCGCCAGUUUAAAAUUCCGGGUAUUUGGAAUCCACAAAACCUUGAAAAACACGUUCAAUGUCCAGCUAUUCUCAAAAGACCUUCUUUUUCACAAAUUAAGCCGGAUUGUGUCAUUUUAGAUAAAAGUAAGUGGAAGAGGCAUAAAUCUAUGAGUCCAUCAGCGUGAACGGAUAUGGAGAAAAAGUUCUCAACAGGGACAGGUCUUGUAUGAAUAGGCGGUAGCCAAAGGAGCGACAACCAAACAUUGUGAGGGUAGUCUUUACAUCAAGAGAUUCCUUGAAGAUACCUCCCAACUGUUCAAACUCGCUCGUAGCAAGCUUGCUUUGUAGAAGCGUGGCGUGUGUCAGUGUACCCGCUGUUUAUGGCUACAAAUUCGGCUGUUGUCUUUAAAUUCUGCUAUGAUGAGGUUGACUUCAAGUGCAUCUGGGACACAAGUGCAAGACUAACUCACAGCGCAUACCUUGCACCACUAGUAUAGACGGGGAAACUUCAAAUUUCGAACGCUUAAAAACGAGACCAGGUUCCCUGGCGUCAGAUCAAUCGACAGACACACAAAUCUUGCCUAAGCUUAUCACACUUUAUGUUACUAUUUCCACGGGGACAAAGUUAAGACGACUGCAGUGUACUUAACUAAGCCACCAAUGGGCCAGUUAUCACAGGGACUCAACUGUCCCCUACUUCCACCUGCUGACUCCGCUGUCCGGGCAAGUCACCGAUAUCGGCGCCACACGUACAAUUCGACCGUCGUUGCCGACGAUGUCCACAACAACCGAGGACGGUGAUUUGCGCGUGAAUUAGCUUGUAGGCUCGCUUUACAUCUACUGCACCCUCUACCAUCGCCUUCCAGGACCCAAUGCCAAGAUACAGUCAAAAGGACCGGAGACAAGCCUUGACGCAGUGGCUGGUAGACCUAAACAGCCCGUCUGCGCGGCCACUCACGCGACCUAGUCCUCACUUAACACACCAGGAUUUCAAAUAAAGUGGUAGGCGGCUCGCAUCUCAUGCGUGUGAAAGCGCCCUUAAGGCAUCGCUGGAGAGGAGCAAUUGCAGCCUGACUCCCAGUCGGCCACUCCACACAAACGCACACAGGGCCGACUGCGAGGUCUGAGUUGUAUCGCCAGUUGGCAACCUUUCAAACCGCGUGCCACACACACACGACUUGGCCCUCCACGCAGCACGCAGGGUCUUCAUACAAAACGAUGGGCGGCUCGGAUCUCACGUACGUUAUAGUGCCAUAGAGGUCACAUGGGGAGGGAGUCGAUGACGGCGCUUUUCACAUACGUGAAAGGGGCCCAAACUACGUCGGUGGUGGGUAAUAUGGAAUGAGUCAGUGUGUGGUGCAUGUGUUAGUUGCGAUGUGCGGUGAUGGGAUUUAAGCUGCGAAGGCGCAUGUGACCGAGUAGGCCCAUGCGACGACUGAAUAUACGUGGGCUGUGCGGAAACUUGGGCGAUGGCGACGUGUAUGUGUGUGUGUGUUCGUGCUCCUGGCACUGGUUCGUCAGUCUCAGUGCGAUGGAUACGCCGGUGACCGACCAGGCCGCUGUGUGAAAUGCAUGCUCAAUGACAGGGUGGAGAAGAUUGGUUGGGAGCUACUUAGUCGGAUACAGUCGUGAUAUCGCAGUUGUGGACGCGCUGUGGAUGGGGACUUGGUAGUGCGGAUGAUGGGAGAAUUGUCCAAUGUGCAAGAUUGGCUUGGCGUGUCGUCGUUGCGGUGAAUUUCGCUGUUGUGGAUGUGCAUGUGGUCGGAUAGGCCCAUGCGGUGACUGAGUGUGCGUGCUCAAUGGGACAGUACAGGUGGAUGCGAGGAGUGCAUGUGAGGACUCAUGACACUGGUUCGCCGGCCUCUGCACAAUGGAUUCGCAAGUGACCGACCAGGCCUAUGCGUGAUGUAAAGGUACGAUCGAAAUGAGGACAGGUUAAUACCGAAUCUACAUUGCCAGUUCUGAGUGAGCUUAUGGUGAGGCUGGUGACUUGUGCGACGUCGCGAGUGAUCUCGCCGGUGGUGGGAGUGGGAGGAUUGGUAGUCGACGUCACCGUCGCCGUUGGGGUUAUGGCGGAGCUUAUGGUGAUGGUGGUCGACGGCGCGGUGGUGGUGGGGUAUCAGGAGUGUGGUCACCGGUGGCGGGAGUGGUUACUGUCGUGGGGGUUGAGGCAGGGGUGAUGAUGGGGCGUUCCUGGAGGCAAGAGGUGAGGUUGUCGUUGCAUUUGGUCGGAGAUGCCCGACAAGGCCGGUCCUCGGGCGAAUUGUUCAUUGACAAACACCGAUGCCAUACCAAAGUACCGGAGACAGACAAAAACAGAAUCCACAGCCGCACCAAUAGGAGGAGCCCUAUCAAUUAACUUCGAGUUUGUGCAGGUCGCACUUUGACAAUGGACGGAAAACGCGAUGGUAUAAAUGUCGGUCGGUCAGUAAAGUUGUUUAAAUGAUUCCCUUUUUAUUUGAAACCUGACUUUCCUUAGUUGGAACGUUUCUUUUGAAGGGCAGUAUUUCAAAAGAUUUUUAAGUAUGCAGAUAGUGCCACUCUGAAGUUUGGAAAAUUCAGAAGAUGCUUUAUUCAAAGCUAAACUUUGUUAAAGUUUGAAAUGAUUAACAGAAAACAAGUUUCCGACACUCUGUCAAUCUCCUGUUGCUGCAUAACAUGAAAAAUAAAUACAAACAUGCAUCGAUAUAUCCAGCUUUUUAAAAAAUCUCCACUUUCGUCUCACUUAUAUGCGAUUGGCAUGUUCUAUAUUAUCUUGUACGAUCUUGUAUUAUCUUGUCUUCGAUGACUGGUACUCCACAUCAUGCAGCCAUGUAAAAGAAGGCGAAAACAUAAUGUCCUCGAAAAAGCAUAGACGGAAAUAACAAAACUUGAUGAUUCUGCAAACCGCACGCGUAUACAACGCCUUUUAAGGUUCUCCUAACUCAGAUCAGUUGUUUAUAAUGCUAAUAGUCAUACAACGCUUAGUCUUUGGGUGGCGCUUUAAAGUUUGUUUACAGCGAUCCUUAUAAAUUUUGACUUUUGGGCUGACAAACUAGUAACUCCAACUCCCCCUUCACUGUUAAUCUAGAUGGACCAAACCCCUUUUCGGACCAAAAGCACGAGAUAUUAAUCCAUCUCAUGAUGCAAUUAUCUGUCCCCGUACAACAAACGCUACCGCUAAAAGUAAUAAGUUUGUUGAAGUAUUUACAUGUGAAGUAAUGUGACUAUAUUCAACUACAAGGAUAGGUUGGCGUUUCAUCAAAGUUGCCAUGGCACUGUACUGCUUGCCUAGCAGAGGCCUUUCUUUGCACUUUCUUUACUGAUCACCAAUAGCGUUUCCUUGUUUUAAAUNCAUGAAAGUAUGACAAUUUGGGUGUGAGUCUCAAGGGCGGAGUUCAGUCAGUCAUAGUUCUGGUUGAUUUCAGAAUAUAAAAUUCUAAAGGUUCCUUUCAAAGUUUUCCACCUAUGGCGACACUAUAACGUCUUCGGGCAGGACAUUCUAUGGCAUGACCAUUCUAACAGAGAAGAGGAAUUUUCGCACAUCGAACCUUGAAUGCUGAAUGCGCAGUUUUAAUUGGUAACCUCGGAGGUUGGUCGUGGUAGCAAGUCCAAAAAUGUCCCUAAGGACCUAAUUUAAGUCAAAUCCUUUCACAGAGUGAAUGCUUUUAAGAGACCCCCGCGCAUUUUACCAUAACUAGGAGGGAAGAAUUUUUGAUUCGUUAGGCCGGUUGCAAAGGGAAAGAUGCCUUGAUCCCUAACCAUUCUCGACCAUUCACGGCCUCUAGGCUUUUAUGUCGUAUUCGAAACGGGGCCUCACGAAUCUCCCCGAGAUCUUGGAGAAGAGGUCUUCAUCAAAAUCCUUAAAUACCUGUUUGAUGGCUCUUUACAGGGACAUUGCGUUUUUUGCCACUCUGGAGUAAUGAGUGAAUGAUUUUAAGGAGUUCGUCAUCGGCACACUAAGCUCCUUUCGGGUUUCCACGUCUUCCAGCGCCGCAUUUCACGUCGCGUGCUCCUAAAGGUUCGUCACCAAUUAUGCGGUCGAGCAUUCAAUCCUUAUGCCCGAGAAUCACAACUUCUAUAGCGUAAGUGACUGACAUGCAGUUCUAGUCCGGCUGUAACACGAAUGUCUCUCCUCUGAAUCUAAUGACCAGAUGGGAUUAUCAGGCAAAGGCAUCAGGUGGAGCAGAGCAAUGUGAUUAGUAGACUUCGUAGGAGAAACUAGGACUCCCGCAGACUACUGCACAAUAUUCUAAUUUGAUUCAGUCCAUUGUGCAACAAUCAAAGGGCGGACAUGCAAAUAUGGAUCCCCAAAUGUUAUGGAUGGUCUCACGCCAGAUUCGAGGAGGUUUCUAUUCCCGCGUCCUAACUUCAAGCUUAACCCUCAUACAAACGCUUCAGCUAACCACGACCCUCUUGAUCCUAACCUUAACAUUAAUCGUGAUUAUCCUGACCCUAACUCUAACUCUAAAUCUUACGCCUUUUGAAAUUUAAGGCGAGGCCAGCUGCACUGCGGGGUCCCUAUUUCCGUCCCCAGGUGUAUGUAACAAAUGUUUGUUGAAGUUUUAACAAAGCUUAGGGGACUGGCACACAAACAAAAUGUGCGUAAAAUGAAACUUCCUACGCCCAUGUUCUGCUCACCGACUCACCCCGCCGGCCUUGCGAGCAAUCCAUGUUCUGAUCCACUUUAAUGGCAGGCGAGGCAAUCUCAUUCGCACAACCAGGUGCUCACGCUAUAAUUUAGUAACUGAUAAACUUGGUGCUUCUUUAGGGGGUUGGCGGGUUGACGCCUAUUUUGGUUGUCCUUCAUAUUUUUACAGUCUGUUCGAAUACACACUAGCUCAAUCGCUAGGUUAUUUUCUGUAAGUGGCUGCAGUUUUGAACAAACACUGUAUGUGCAGGUUCCACGACUAACGUUUACUCUAUCUUAUUUAUUUCAGUUCUCCUAUUAACAUCUAUAACGCUAAUAACCUAUUUCGUGGUGAUUCCAGUCGCCCACCUCUACACAAACGAUAAGUAAGUACUAUUCAGCAAGUGCUUUCAAAAGAAUGCUUUUCUAGCAGUGAUAAUUUAAUGAUUGAUAGAAGCAUAUUAUACUGGUCGAAGUUAUUUAUGCGAAGGGUGAUUGAGGUGUCUGAUUCGUCCCACCAUCGGAAAGUAAACUGCAUACAGGGGCUACAAAGCCAGUCUCUCCAUUUGCAGGUAUUGAUUAUCGCUAGUUAAGAAUGUGUCCCGCACAAAGACAGCAACUUGAAAUAAUACGUAUACAUGAGCAAAACAUGGUCGGCGAACAUGCGAACAGAGCACUUGAGAAGAAUUCUAAAAUAGAAUCGGUUAACCGAAUUUAUGCUUAACCAUAUACGUGGGCUGAAAUCUGCGCCGACGUACUGAGCACAAUACAAUUAAUGAACGCUUUUAUAUCGGUGAUGCAAACGAGUGAGGUUUUGGAACAUUUUCUCAUCGAAGAGGGAACAAAAUCUCCACUAGGAAAAAAGCACUGCUGCAUUUUCUGCCGCCGACGUUGGAAUUAACCCUAAUUAAGUCACUCCAUCCGAGCGCUCAUAAAGCUCCACAUUCAGUCAAUGUUCUUUGAGCUCUUAAGCCAUUCGCCAUGAUACUUAUCCAGUAAUUAAUCGAUCUGAAACUUGCCAAACACAAAAAAUGAUGCCACAUUUCCAUAGACAGAUGCUUGAUUCAUAUUGUCAAACAACCUAACCACAGACGGAGGUCGAUGUUCGAGAUCCAGGAAUAACAAGACCGUACAAGCAGCACAACCAUUUGCAUAUUCGUCUGAGCAUUCGAACUCGCGCGUGAUACAAACAGCAACAGAAUGAGCGACAGUUAUAGAGGGGUUUGCCAGUCAACAGCGACGCAGGCAUGUAGGUGGCUGAGCAGGGCCCUGUAUGCCGGCAAAAAAUCUAUACUUCGAUGGACUUAUUUCUUAUCCGAGGCACAGGCCCCAAUCAAUUCUUCACAGAUAAUUUUUCAGACCAACACAGACCUUAGAAACCAAAGCAGUAGCCGAUCAGUUAAAUAAAUUAAUUUGGGAAUUCAAGUAAAAAAUUGCAUCACGAAUAAAGAAUGGCGACAAAUGAAACCAGGAGACGCUGCUCGGGCCCAAUUCUAUGGUCUGCAAAAGAUUCCCAAACCAAACCUUCCACUGUAGCCAAUCGGUGCCCCAAAAGGCAGUCCCGCCUAUAAUUUAGCGAAAUGGCGUACAGCGAUCCCUCCUUGAUUGCAGGGGUUGCAUUCAAGAACCCCGGCGGAAAGCGAAAGACUAAGAAUUAAAAACCUCCACGACCAAUUCUGCGAAACGGACAUUCAAAGGCGUUUCUAAGCCGAUGCCUGCACGCUCACCCCCGGAGGACCCCGUUGCAAAUCAGUAAUGACAUGGCAUGCAUUUGCCAUACAUAAAGGGCAUUUUGGGGAGCGACCGGGCGCAUUGCUGCUGGACUACGUGUUGGAGUUUCUCCCCCAACCAACCCUACAAUGUGCAGCGGGGUCAUUAAAAUCAAAGACGGAUUAAAUCGGAGAGAAGAGUCGGGCGUGGUAUAUCGUAUCCCGUGCGCCCUGUCCUCCAUAUUACACAGGUCGGACUGAACGCAUCCCCGGGUCGCGCCUACACGAACAUAAACUGGCCGCACGGCGCGUGGGCGAAUUAUCACACGGGGCUGCCCACACCUUCGGAAGGGGUCACGAGUUUGACUUCGCGGCCGCCAGGAUAAUCGCCCGCGCCGUAAACAAAAUAAGCCAGCAACUCAUUGAAGCCUGGGCUUGGGACGAGAACUCAUUCAGCGAUGCAUCGAUCUGGCGACGGCAUACAGAGUCCUGCAAAGCCACCUUCAUGGCUAAGUCCCUGACCGCUGAUUGGCAAGCACCCCCCAUAACUGUCGCUCGUCCAGCAGUUCGAAAGUUCAGACAAAUAAACAAAUUGUGCCGGUGCUCGGCCAAUUUUCUUCUCUCUUACUUGUAUAACCGCAUUCUAGACCUCAUCAAGUUCAGCACCGAUUGACUUGACUUCAUUAACAACAUCUUUUACGAAACGUCAGUUUGCCUCGGAUGCGGCUGAGCGCUUGACCUCUUGAAGCUAUGUCCCAACAUUCAUGUCGUUUUUGAUGAAGUAAUCUGAAGACAAGUGAAGGAUAGGCCACCGUGUUCACCGAUCUACCUUCCGUAACUGAGUUGGUCUUUCCCCCGUUAGAAUCAAUGACAUCCAAACACCAAGGACACAACUUCUUGGACCCAUAAUCGGACGAUGUUAUCAAGGCGCCAUGGUCGAAAACUUGAAGGUUCCCAGAUCGGAAGGCAGGGAAGACAGAUGGGCAGGGUUUACUGGAACGAUGUAAUAUGUAGGCAGUUCAGUAAACAGCAGCCAGCAUCCUCACCAGGCUAGUGCCCGCCUAAGUGCUUGCGCCCGAACUUCGUCCGGCUGCGGCCAAUCGGUGAAGAGAGAAAUAUUGAUCGGUUUUGCGAGUCGGAUGAUGAGUCACGCGUGUAGGCGGGCCGGAGGCGGCAUGGGCAGGCGCCGGCGCUGACGUCUAUGAGAGUGGGCAGCUAAAGGAUCCCCUGCCUAGGCCGAAGAGAAUGUUAAUGUCUAAAAAAUAUGAGUAGUCCAGCGAUCAGGAAAGUACCCGCGGCGUUCGCUACGUGCGGCACGGACGAGGGGGGACAGGAGUAGAGGGCUAAAUUUAUGCUGCGUUGGACGAGUUGGAGGAGGAGGAGGAGGAGGAGGAGGAGGAGGAGGGCGGAGAGGAGGACGAAGUUGUAGUUGAAAGCAGAGGACACGUCGGGCAGACAGUAGACGGAAUGGAGGGAUAGAGGGUGGUGGAGGUGGAAGACCAUGGGGUAGGAAACCAGCAUACUUCUGUCCCUGUGGCAGAUUGGGUGACUUGUCAGGAACAGCAGCCUUGACCCGCUCGAGGCUGGCACGUCCUUGUCACCGGGAGCGAUCCUUCAAGCCUAGGUAGUGCGUGAGAAUACUCGAAGCGGUCCUCCAUUUGAUGAGUCCGACAGUCAGCGCACUAGGUCAUCCCAGAUGAAUACGUGAGUGCAGUCCGCCAAGCCUCUCUCGAAAUAAGACUCAGUCGGUGGGGUGGAGUGCGGGCAGAAAUCGAAGGAAAGCGAACGCAUCAACUGCCGCAGGCAAUGCACAAAAUUGUCAGGGCUCUCAUCAGCACCGCGAGGGGUCGGUGUGACCAUCUCACCUGGCAGUCGGAGGGUAGCGCCGAAAGUCAAUUCGGCUGCGCUGUGGUCCAGAUCCGACUUUGGUGCCACAGGAAUGCCAAGACAUGCAAAGUGCAGGUUUUUAGAGCAGUUCGCUGAGUUUUCCGCGAUCCGUGGGUCGGUGUUUAGUCAAAGAUGGAAACUCCCGAAAAUGCCGUUGCCUGCUGGGUGGUAGGUCGUUGUCGAAAUGCGCAUGCAGCCAAGAUAGGUGGAGAGGGAUUAGAAGAGCGAGCAGACUCGAACUGGGCACCUGAUCAGUUGAAGGCGGCAUGGGAAAACGGCGUUGCUGACGAUAGUGAGGUCGGGCAGGUACAACGUCUUCCUUGUCGAUUUCUUGUCCAACUUUCCUGGUCACUUGCCAUUACUUCAGAACCUGGCCGGCUAGACCUUAGAUUCAAGCCCUGGCUCGUUGAUCGUUGACUGAAAAGUCCUGUCGACGAGUUACAGGUCCAAAUUCUAGCUGUGAUCGCCUUCGAGGUUACGUAUACUCUGAAUUCUGAUAGAUGAUCAGGCAGGAUUCGUGGGAAGGAAUGACGCCGACUGACAAAUUGCUGUUCUCUCGGCAGGGCCAGGCGGCAUCUUCAACGAUUACGUGACCGAAUCCUCGAAAAUGACAUAAACCACACUUGUCGCGAGCUGCCCUGACAGACGGUCUGUGUACCCAGCACACUGUCGUGUCCAUACGUUAACUGAACGGCUGGAAUCCUCGUUCGGUGUCUAAGAGUCGAUAGCACAUUUACCGGAAUUUACGUGACGUGCUAUUGUGAAAGAAGGAAACCGAGGAUGCUGUUCCUUAUCGCCAAAAGUUUCGGCUUAAUGAUUGGUUUUCGACAAGUCCAUUGGAUCGAAAAAAAUUGUAAAGAAAGAGAUCGGCGUACUUAAGGCCUCCUCAGUGGUGUCAUUCAUUCAGGUAACUAAACUGUAACUGGUGCACGGACUGAUAGACGAAAGUGUUUUAACAGAACAAUCAUAAAAUGGGUGAGGUCCGAGGUGGCAGCUUCCUAACACCGGUGCCAGAAGACCUCGCCAACCAAGUGAUCUCAGGCGAGGAGAGCCUUACUAAUCACCCAGACUUAGAGCUGUUAGAAUAUUGUGUACCAGUUCGAAACGGGAAUACUCUUACCCUCACCACCGCAGCAUUCCCUACCCCCCACCCUCCCCCCAUUUAAAGUAGUCCAUCAGGUACCCCAGCAGCUGGCGAUUGUGGAAACGAAAUUUCCAAGAAUGGGCUCGGCGCUUGCGACAACCCCUGGGACGGGUAGGUCCCUCAAAACGAGAGCAAUUGACUUCAACAGAAUGUUUAAUGACUCAGGUAGAAUAUUCCUCCACAUUUGAUCAACAAGAGGGAAGACUGGAGAACGGGAACUAUUUGCACGCUAGAGGCAACAGGCACAUAUGCAAUGCUAGUAGACUAGUGAACGUGGGGUGUCCAGAACAACCAAUCACAAGACUAAUGCCACAUCGUGGUCAAUUUCAAACCAAGGACAGCAUAUGCGAAAUUCUGAAGCAUAUGGACUCGGUCUGGAAGAGUGUUAACCUGUUGCUGUUCACGCAGGAGACGGAGGGUCGGUUUUUUAAAUUUGUAGGCUCCUCAGACAAUCCAUGCCACAAGCUGGAACCCCAAACCGUCAGUCAUCCUCUUCGAUGCUUAUAGGACGAUCGUCAUGAGGACCAUUGGGAAGAAUAAUGACGUCUGAGGCACGAACGAGAUCAUUCACGAAGGACACUCACAACUUUCGGCAAGAUCCUAUUUCGUAGCCGUACCUGUAAGGGGUAAGUGUUAAGGUUGGGGGGUAAGGGGGGUUAGGGGAUAGGGCCCAGGGUUAUGAGUUGGGGUCAGGGAUUAGGGGUUAAGGUCAAGGGCGUGGGGUUAGGGUUAGGCUGGGGCUUGUCUACUGCAGAUACAGCUACGAAAUAAGAUUCGACCCUAUUUUUGAGGAGUUCGGUAAAGAGAACGCUGAGAUAAAAUCUCCCAGCAAACGCAAAAUCUUAAACAUUUAACGACCGACCAAUGAAAACCUACCUGAAGGCAACGAAAUCAUGGAAGGUAGGAGCAUUGGGGCCAGCAAUAUACAAAACUCAACGGAAAUACUUCCAGUGUGAUAAAACUCGGUGAAGAAGACCGAUCCGUCUAGAAGAAUCGUAACGAAUCUUUCUGAAAGCAGUUACGUGGGCUGAACAUUUCACACAUUUGUGUUGUUAAUGUCAAGGCCACUUUCCAUGGUGUGGGAUCUAACAAAGCGACAAGAACUGGCAUGACACACCCAAACCUCUCCAUCCUAAUUCUAUAGUUGAACUCUACAAAGGUCUUAAUCUCUUCUGACACUACCUUAUUAUACCAUAGACCUGAAGGAGGACUUGCAUUCGCCCGGUAUCGAUGACCAGCAAGGGCCGUAAUAUGCCCACAGACUGCGGUCCCCUCGAUCUGAAUUUUUUGUAGCUAACGCGAAAAAAAUGAAUGUUUUACGAUCGCUUGCGCCUCCAUCUGGGCGCCUUUCCAGGCAAAGUAACUGUGCCGGAGAAAUUGGCGGAUUAACCCAGAUGAGUGUGGCCACACACAAAAGCGGUCGUGCGAAGGAAUGAUGGCGACAACAGCCAAUCUGCUACACCAUGACCUCCACUCUACGUAUCCAGUGGUCAGGCCUCCCCUGGCGGGGAGUGCACGGGUGACCAGUGCUUCAUUGCCUCUAAAUCGAUAAACUAACAGACCUGAUAAUUAUCACGUCAAUAGCCAGCCCUGAUGAUGAAACCACGGCAAUCAGCGACCCUAGUGCGAACGGUCAUUUGCGAUGAAUGAGACGAUGAUAACCUCGUGCUCGCGUGACAACCGUGCGCCCACUACCCUUACAAGUUGUCACCUCCAGUGCUGGCUUCGGGUCGGUGACCAAGACGUCAGACAAAUAAAUUUCGUAUUCAGACGUUUGGUAUUUUGGUAAGAUGUGGUUUUGUAGCCGCACCUGAUGGACACAAUACUGUUGAGGUUGGGGUUAAGGGUUAAGCGUUGUGAUUAUGAAUAAGGGUUAGGGGUUAUUGUUAAGCGUUGGGGUUAGGGUUUAGGAUUAGAGGUUAUACUUAGUAGUUAGGGAUUAGCGCAUUUAUUUCUCAACCACUCAAAGUACAGCCGCGCACUCCCAACAGCUUUUCUUCUGCGUACAACUACUUGACCUCGUCGACUGUGCGUUCUCCGGCCCCGCCCGUGAAAACCCCUAUUAACACCCGCCCCAUGUUACAGGCGGCUGGGGUUUGCUUAUUUCAGGUGGGGCUACAUAAGCCCACCCGACCGAUAUUUUUCUUUAGUGUCCCGUGUGGUCUUCGUACGAAAAUUCAAGGCAAUCAACUACCACGCUCAAGACCCGAAAGGAAUUGGCAGUAGAUAUAUAUGGUUAAACACUACAACUCAUCCGACCAAGAAUUUUCUACAAGUCGCCUGUGAUCUAAAACUGAUACGUCGCAGGCACAAUGGUAUUCCCUGAGAGCAUUGCUUGAAAGUUGCCAAAUAUGGAUUAGGACUGUGAUCAUGCAACUAUUCUCAGUACUUACAAAGUGAUGGCUAUAGCAUCCGUGGACGAUAUCGUUGUUGCCAGGAUAACAUAGGUUUAUGGAUAAACCGGGAGUCUGUCAAACGUGGACUGAGUAUGUGAUUCGCGUUUUGGUGAGGAGAACCUGAAAGAAGCUGUUCUCCUGAAAAGUGGCCUCCGAUGAUCUACAGUCCGUACAAGGUGAUAAAGGCUCUGACUCUGAAGGGCCGCUCGGCCUUCUCAGUGUCAACCUCCAGCAUUAAACCGGACGAAGAGUGUAUUCUGAAGAGCAGAGAUCAAACCGCUAUGUCAGUUAUUUUGGCAAAUACGCCCGAAACUUGUCCAAAACUCCCCGUCCCUGAGUAGAAACUUGAGGUUUCUUUACCAAAGAGGCACUCCCGUAAGGCACAACGGGACGAGUGAGUUCCGUAGACAAACGAUCGGUGAGCGCCCCUCAACCAUUGUAUAUUCCCGUUCGCAACCGACAAGACUGCGAGCGUGUGGCUCAGUGCUUAGAGGCGUUGGACUUCUAACUACCAGGUCGCGGGAUCGAGCUCCAGGUGUUCCACACUUGGCUGACGACGACUAGUAAGCCAGAAAUGGUCAUUCCAGUCUCCCUUGUCUUCGUCAUUAAUAUCAUCCUGUCAAUCCAUUGUGGGUUCAAUGUAGCCACUACACAACGUGCAACAUGCGUCGGCACCCCCAGAGAGCACAAUCUCACGAAAGCGUUUAACUCUCUGCUAUUCGCUUCGGCUUCUCUUACCAGAUCGAUUUAGUGGCGACGAAAGCCUUGCCUCAUAGCAUAGGAGAUAACUUGCGGGAUUUUUAGUACUGCGGCUACAUGUUAAGUCAGACUCAUGAAUUUUCCACAGUCUUACCAUGGCUGACUACUUGCCACUGCAGCGGAUUUAAGGCUCGCAGACUCGCUGAAAUAGCGGAGGAACGGUCUCGCAGUUGAUUGGUGUCAAGGCCUUCGCCAAACAAGUAACAGCGAGAGAGAACGAACCUCUGGGCGUGCGACAGAAUCUCCUGGCCACGAUGUGCUGCUAUCAAGCUGUUUAUUGGAAAAAAUGACCGAAAUAUCACAGGAUGCUCAGAUUACCUGUGAAGGGUUAACAAAGAAUCACUGAACAGGGAUAAUGAGGGAGUUCCCUUAGUAACUGAUUAUGCAGUGGUCACAAUCCGCGCUUCUACAGUUGGAAAAAAGAACCCAGUUUUCGAAGCAGAGACCGCUGAAUACACACUCACGUGAUGCCCUGUUCACCGCUGUGUCCUGGACCGGCACGUCAACAUGUGUAAGAUGACUUCUGACUCCCAAAAUUAGCUAAUCAUCUAGGAGCAGGGUUAAAGCCUUGUUAACAUUACCCAGUUGCCUAAAGCUUUUCAUUCGGCAGCGCUCACAACCUCGCCCGACUACAAUCUAAAUCACCCUGUAAGACAUCAAGUAGUCGACAGGGAACAAAACUCACCAUUAACUCUCUCCCUCUCCCUCUCACUGCCACAAUCGAUCUCACUGUCAACCGAAAGCAUUGCCCACUCAUACUUCGUCUGCGGUCCUGACGUGUCGUGCAGUGGGCGGAGCAUUUGGGGUGGCCGUUUCAAAGUCUGAAUUCUCAACCAAAUACAUUGGCACGUUGCCUAUCACAAACUCCCUGCUCGUAUUCACCCGCGACUUCCUACAUUGCUAAAGCUUUCUGCAGAUGACAAAACUAACAAAAGCGAGGACGGAGCGACAAUCAGCCCCUAGAUCUUGAAUAGCCAAUAAGCGGACCUGACUGAUGCCUGGUGAUCGAGGGUUUGAGUGGCAUACGUUUGCACAACAACCAUGUCAUGUGUAAACUGAAACCCCAGCGGUCGAUUGUAGGUCACGCAAAUAAAACUUUCAUCACAACUAUCAAUGAUAAUUCUUCUUAGUGAGAAUUUGUUCGGAUCAUGUCAUAUGGUGUCCGCAAGUUCAGUCUCAUAAUGACAGUUUGUCCUAUCAUCCCUGGGUACGAUUUUAUUCCCUCUCGUCUAUGCUUGAAUCAGCGGUUAUCGAUGACGUUUUACUAAUUUCAGAUUGCAAAGAUGGCUGAUGUCCACUGUUUCUACCUUCAUGAUUGGAGAACGAGUUGCUAUCCAUUGAACCUGUUUUGACUCAGGUUGCCAACUGUUAUGCACAACGAGCAUUGAUUUGAUGAAAACUGGGGAUAGAAAUAAGCUAAAUUUGUCUACGUGUAGGUUGUAUAACGCAAAGCACAAUUUCUCAUACUACUGAUUUCGCCUAAUGCUGCCAAUUUCGCGCCAAAAAAUUAGCCUUAGCUUCAGAUAAUGAGGGGUCUGAGGUUCAUGUGAAUUUGUGCUGAGUAAGGGUAAGGCAUUGUUUCAGGUUUCUCUUAAUGUAAUUGUUUGUGGGAUCGAAAAUUUCGAGAAGUGUAUUAAAACGUUCGAUGAACGAUCUGUCUUGUCUUCACUAGUAAUUUGAGGUUCGUCUCCUUCCACUUAUGGCUUUACUCGUCCAAAUUUCCCUCACGAAUCUUCACUUUCGUUUUUUUCCAAAACACCUUCUUUUAGCAAACAGAAUUUUAGCGCAAGUAUUUUGCACCAAUUUUUAGACGGACGCUUGUAUGAGACAUGUCCUCUACAAGGUCAUAAGUAGCUCGUUGUCUAAUGGAUAAAUAUUAAUUUUAUGAAACCGAAACGACUCUGACUGACAGGACCGUUAACUGUGUAGUUGAAACUUUUUCAGAAACAUACUCGAAGAAUUGGAACCCGUAGUGCCCUAUCUCCUAGUGCUCAUACCCUUGGAUGGAUAUGCGGCAAGUGUCCAUUUGUUUGACUACUAAAUCAGUAUAGAUACUACUUAUUUGGUGAGCGUUUUACAUACGUUCUUACUAUGUAUUAACUGUAACAUAUUGUUUUCAUAUAACCCGAGUUUUGUAGUUCUCCAGAAUUUUAAAACCAACUUGGUGAGGAAAGUUCUAAAGCCUAAUUUCUAAAAACCCAGGUUGAACUUGCAUUGCAACAAGUAAAUUGGCCCGGAGGUGCUACAGCAUCAGUUUACCCUAGACUGAGAGAACAUCUCCAUGUGUGCGAUUGUGAGCAUAUUGUAUCUUCUUGCCUACUUUCUUAUGUGACCGUUUGUCAAGAUGCACACUAUCUGUGCAUUGUCUAACUACGAAAUUAGCAUUAUUGCCGCAUGCAUUUGAUUGCACUUCAGCGUUUCGACGAAGGUAGUGGGUAGUAACAGUUAUAUUAAAUGGGAUUUAAAAAUCCCUUUAUUUUCUCAGUUUUGUUUUUUUCGAGUCAGCUACGAUCUUGUUGGAUGUAACAGGACCCAGCGUUGGACCCACAGCCCUGUCAAUCCCAAACCCAGAAAUGCCCUUAAUCAUUCACCGCAUUUUCUUUCCUACCAGGCUCAUAUCAGUGGUGUCCUACGUGGCUGUGGUCUGCAAGCCCGGGGAGCAGUCAGUAUCCUGGUUUCUUACUAUGGCGUCUGCACCCCUCUGUAUUUUAUUCUUGGCUUUAUGCUGCAUAUGGGCAUCACUGGUAAGCCCAAACGUGUAAGCUUAUUCCCAUUGAAGGCUUAUGGCUUGCCCUGAUCAUCACCCUGGCUUUCCUUUCCUUCAUCUUCCUCAUAAUGAGCAACUGUCUGAAUUGGAAUGCUCAGGCUACUAAAGUGAGUCUUUUCAGUUCCCAUUCUGUUAAUUUUAAAUAAAACACCUCGUCCUCCUUAAGGUUCAAGCUGUAAUUGGAAAUGCCAUCGAAUCCGCUAUAUUCGAAAGGACCCUUGGUAGACCCUCAGAAAUGGCCCGUAACUUGGAUCACUGAGGAAUGUUACAAGUUAUGACCCUUUGUAGCUCUCCUUCGAAGGCGUCUGCUCAGUCAGCCGCCCCAAAAUAUCUCUGUGAUAUUAGAGAAUUCGGAAGCCAAUGUAGCACGGUCGAUCGAACCGACGAAUGAGAGGAGUCUCUACUCCUACACAACGAAUACCAACCUUGUGAUGCGCUCGUCCUUUAUACCAAUGCAUGGACCCGCGCCGAUGGUUUUGCCUCUUCCAACCAGGUACGUUACUGCUUUGAACGCACCAUGUUUGAAAUUUUCGUUAUUUACUUACUCCGAGCCGUUUAGAUAGUGAAAAAGGACCUAUUUAGCAUAUUUCAUCGACAGCACUUACCCACGUUAUGCUUUUAAGAAGGGCAUUUCUCCUAGAUCGAAUUUCACAACUAUCAAUUUUAAAUCGCAGUCGUUUAUUAUUGAUUCCCUGUUAACACAUGUCUCCACCGUAAGAGCUCAGGCAGACUAAGAUGGUCAGGAAUAUGGCCCAGUUCGAGAAGUUGCUCAUCUUAAUGUGAUUAAUUUCACAGUACAGAUGUGUCGUCCGUAUAAGCAAUCUUACGAGUAAGCUAGUGCCCGUUAUUUGUUUUUUGGAGGAUAGAGAUGAACGGGAGAGUGCUCUAAAGCCCAACUGCAGGCCCGUCCCUUAUCGUCCAUAUGGCGGGAUCACUGACUGGCAUUUCGGCAUAUUGCUCCACCCACCAUCCUCCUCCAAAAACAAAUGACGGAGAGAAGUAUACUUGUGUAACUGACUCUAGGGGGUGAUCGACGUCAGGAACGUGCCGCUUUUAUUGGUACUGCGAAAAACGUAUAGUGUUAUUAAUCAGUUGGGCUGAAAGUAAUGGACGAACUAGUCCUUAGACUAGGCCCUGGCCCCGUCCAGCCCAAUUUGGUCCACCCCUCGGGGCAAAACAUGUUUUGGCAGGGUUGUCCGCCUACUUUCAUUAGUGUUUUUUGAGGUAAAACAUAUUAUUUUAAGAUAUCCUGAUGGUCUACUUUUCCCAAAAAUAUUCCGAUAGGAAGACUUCCUUGCACGCGACAUCGUGUAUGCUAAUCUCCAGCGGUUAAUUUAGGCUCUAUCUUGCCAAAGAUACAUUUGAAACUACCAUUUCUUCUCAGGGACCUUUUCACCUACAUAGUUUUUUUUUGAAAAAACCUCAUCCGGUUUGGAUAAAUGCAUCUCGGGGCGGGAGUUCAGAGACAGAAGAAUUUAGCCUUUAGACUUUGGCAAUAUGGAAGGUUUUUGGACUGGAGUGCGACCCGAACACUGGCAACUGCUGGAAGUUGUCAUGCACCAAAUAGCUCUCGAGUUUUUGACUAAUUAAUCUCGGGCCACGAGGGGAGUACAUACAGUUCACACCCUCACUCCUACCCUGUGUUCCUAAAGUAAUGUAAUGGAACCCUUAAAAACGGCUUCGUUCAAACAACCAGCGCGCCUUGGAAAAGGUAAAUCGAACAUGAUCAUGAGAUUCAGCUUGGCGUACAUAGUAGUUACUGGCCUCUUCGUGGACGCCAUUGAAAAAUUGCUGGAAGUCUACGCGAUGCAACAUAUAAGAAGUCCUUCCGACAGAGCCUUCAAGCCGCAGCGAGGUUGCGGUCAUGCAGUCAGGCUGCCCAGUUUUGCACGCAAAAUAAAUGCAUCCAGAUCCUGCAAUUACCGCAGUGCAAAAUGCAUUAACCAAAGGCAUGCAAAUAAGCUGAUUCUGAACAAGUGUCUACAACUAUCUGCUUGCAGUGACCCUGCUACCACGGAGAAUCUCAGCACGAUAGCUCCACGAACUGCCCGCAUCGAAAGAAAUCACUAAACACAUCGUAACCAUUUACUCAGACAAAACACUCGUCUCGUAACAAAAAUCGCUGUUUUUUGUCGCACACAAAAUUUGUGAGUCUAUGGCAAUGCAGCUAGGGACGAUCUCCUGCAUGAAUCAUGACUUUGUGUUUAUAAGCUUAUUAGGAGUUUAUAUUCAUUAAUUGCUGUCAUCCACCGACAUAAGCUCUCCUCUAAUGCAGUUAUUGGAAGCCAAGGUUUCUACGCAGCACUGUUUGCUUUCUUUAAGUGCGCACAAGACCGUACUUCUAAGGUAUGUUAGGUGUUAUAUCGACUGCAAUGUUGAUCCUUUAAAACAGUGAUAAAAAGAGCACUUUUCUUAGGUUUUAAUGAAUGACCGGCAGUGCCAAAGUCACUUACUUUUAAUGCAUUUGCUGCGGUCUUUAAUAUGACAGUUCGACCGUCGUGGUCGACGAUGUCCACCGUGUGCCUACAACAUGGUGGAUGCAAGAACAGUGACUUGUGCUUGAACUAGGUUAUAGUGAUGGUAAACUUGCUCUGCACCUACCGCGCCCCCUCCUCCCCCACCUGGACCCAGUGCCAUGAACAGGUUAGCGAGACCAGAGGCGGGAGAGGUUGCAGGUGAAAGUCAUGGCGUAAACCCGCACCUAGGCCUACCAGCACACCCACUGCUCCACAACGAACAUUGAUCAGGAUUUUAUAACAAAAAUGGGGGAGACGGCUGGGAUUCAUAUUGGCGCGGUGUAAGCCAGUAAAUGCACAUUUAUUAUGGAUGCGCAGUCCUGACAACGUCUGUCGGACUCCAGUCCAGCCCCUGUGUUCGUCCAGCGCAUCUACUCCGUGGCUCGUUUUAGGGGGCGAAGGUACUUGACACACGCUCAAGUUGGCAAACUUUGCUGUUGUGCGGAGACAGAGAAGUAUUGUUUCCCACGCUCCGCGAAUAUUUGUGUCGAGAGCAUCAAUCAACGCCUUGUUUUGUCGCUGAGGAAGUAGGAAAAAUUACUGGGUGUCAUACUGCCGACCUAGUUCCGAUCCUUAUUCAUAUGUAAAAAAUGACGUCCUCUUUCAAGUUUUUCCAAAGGAUAAACGUAAGGCAGUAGUUGAUGGAUUUCAGCUCAAAUAUUCAUAUCAAACUUCGGACCGUGCCUGAAAAGGUCUGUUUCAAAAGAUUGACUCCAAGUUCGAGCAUUAGUUUCCUCGGAAAUUAAGCAAGGCAAGGUGAAACUGGAGUUCAUAUACCACAAAACACACAAAUAAAGCUGGUGGACCCAUUGACGAGCCGAACCCCUCGCAACUGCGUCAGGCAGCGACAUAAAAUCGGCGAAACACGCAUGUCUGGGCUUUUAGCUCAUACAUAUGUUGUUAGUACGGUGAAUAAUUAUACAAGUCUAUACUACUGACUGCCUGUUAGCGGUUUGUGAAUAUAAGGCGGUUAUUACACAGAAGCUGAUGAAUUUCAGCUCAAAUAUUCAUAUCAAACUUCGGACAGUGCCUGAAAUGGUCUGCUUCGAGAGAUUUACUCCAAGUUCGCGCAUCUGUUUCCUCGGAAAUUAAACAAGGCAAACGUUUGGCUAUUUGCCGUAAAUUUCUCAGACGCGCGUAAAGCGUUUCUCUCGGAUAAACAAUAUUUUAGCGGGUCAGUUACGUUGUGGGAACUGCAAUGCUUUUUAUUGUUUUCAAAAGAAAAAUUUAAAAAUACAACAACUUAAGGUAAGGGCAACUCUCUAUGAGCAUCCUGUCGAGUGUCAGUCACAUUCACAAUGAGAAUGAAAGUGUGGUUGACGUGAUAGAACGGACUGAAUUGUUCAUGUUCAUUAGGGUGCAUGUUCAUAACUCCUCUAACAUUUAUGUGCAUCACGCUACCUCGCACUAAAUUUCCACAGCUCAAUAUUUGACAAUUGCUGUUGUUCUUUCCUAGCGGUUUCUCGUUAUAUAUGGUUCCUAACCUGCCUCAAUUUUGCGAGUUACGGUUUAUUUAAAUAAGUCUUAUUUACUGGAAGUACGUUUUGGUUAUUUUUUUAGGUAAAAGAGGAAAUUAAACGAAAAUCUACUUGUUUUUACAUUUUAUUGCAUUCAUAAUAUUUCCCCUCCGCGGUGAAGUCCCACCCGUAGAACCCCUAUAACCACCAUUCCCGUAUUACAGAGACUUGGGGCUACUAGUUGCGAUGUGGGGUUGCACAACCUACCGUUGCCAUAAAAUGUUGCAACGGAUGUGGAAUAUGUUGUAUACUUAGUGAGGAGCAUAUCAAACAGACAGAUGGGGUUCUAUUCGAAUGGACCUUGCACGGUCUUAUAGAAUCUCAUAAUUAGAAACCAUCUAAAAGCCAAUAGAUGCCAUUUCUUUGGGUACAGAAUUUAAAGAAGGCUCGAAUUGCUGUUAAAUGAAUGCGAGAAAAAUUUUUUAUGGGGGUUUUCUAUAAGAUACAUUUGACUAUAUGAGGACAUAGAAAAUCGAUGGAAAAAAUACAUACUACGUAAUUAGUCAUCUUUUACUUAGUGCAGUUUUUAUAGGCGGUCGAAAAAAGUGAAUCCAAAAGCCAACACCCUGACGUGUCUGAAAUGUCACGGGACUAUGCCAUAAGAUAAUCAAUGAUACGACCCCACUUAAGUAAUCUUUCCCAGUCGAAAACGCAUCUCAAAAUUUCGGUUGACAUUUCAUGAGAUCGGUCACCGACUGUAUGUUCGAAUUUGAACGCUGAACAAAACGCAGCAGUUGUGCAAUGUAAUAAACACCGACACGAAUCUUGUGUAAAGGUAGGCUAGUUGAUUUAUAUCUCUCACAGAACGAAGCCGCACGCGACAAAAGAUAGUAAAAUCAUGAUUACACCACCCUUUUGGAUAUCUGAGAAAGGCAAUUUAUGUUGCUCCACUUAAUCAGGCUACUCUGUUUUUAUCCGACUGCAGGGUAUCUCGAAGUAAAUUCAAAAAGAUCCUGCUACUCCGAUUAGCCAUCCUCGCGGUCUGUCUGCUCUUCUUAAUUGGAUCAAUCUUGACCCGCAUUUUUAUUCCUGCGCUUUUUCCGGUGUGGUUUCCACAAGACGAAAGGAACAAAACUCUGGCUUCGAUGCAUAAUUAAUUUUUGAGUCUUAUCUUCAUCUACAUCCGUUUCAAAAGUGCCCGUGUUAAUAAACUUGUUACAUUGUUAGCCUGAUUUUGUGUCUGUCGAUUGAAAACCAGUCAAUUUGGAAAAUGCAUGAAUGAUCUAGAAUGACAAAUAGAGGACAGAAUCGCGCAGUCUUCACUUGCGGACUUGAAGAACGACUAAACAAUUCAGUGGCCGAAAGUUCACAUCUGCCGCCUCGAAGCCACAUUAAAUUCUUGCUGUAUGAUGUAAAAUAUUCGUUAUACUGAGAAUAUUGACUUCAAUGUCACCCCGUAUACUAUAAAGAAAACCCUAUUCUGAAUUGUGACAAGACUGUCGGGAUCGGCAUUCAAAAAGUAAUAGUCGUUAGUUUCCGUCAAAAAAUCUAAGAGAAAAAUGUUCUUUUUUAAAAUAAUUAUCUUAUCAACAAAGUACUUAUUGGCAGAAUAGCAUUACCGACAAAGAAAAGGGAGACUGGCAUGGCCAUUUCCGGCUUAUUAGCCAUAGUCAGCCAGUCAAACCCAACCGCGAAGUGUUGAACACCCGAGGCUCGAUCCCGCGACCUGUUGGUUAGAAGUCCAACGCCCCUAACCACUUAGCAGAGGGCUCGCUGUCCUUUCGGUUGCAAUCGAACAUACAAAAUGAUAGGUAAUAUUAUUCUGCCUAUAGUACGCGCCGCUAUGCGGCUGCUGAUUGGGCUCGAGGGAGGGCCCUGUAGACACAAUGGGACGAGUGAGUUCCGUAACACGAUUUGUGAGCGCCCUCCUACCAAAGUGCUUAUUGCUCAGAAAUCUGACGAUAAUUCUCAGUCGGACACGAUGAGAGUCCUAAUUUUGGGUAGUUACCCAAAAUCUACCUUCCUAUCUUAUUUAGGUGAGUUUGGUUCGUAACGGUUUGCCUAGCUGUAAGUCGCGAAAGGCGUUAAGCGGGUUUCGAAAUUCACCAACGUUGUUGCUGUUAACGUUGCUCGUAUCAGGCUCAUGUGCUAGGGUUGUCAGGCUUAUGUCAUGGUUUGAGCACGGUGUUGAGGCUGGGGUUGAGAUCAAGGUUAUGGUUUAGGUUUUAAGGCUUGGGUUAAGGUUAAGUUUACAUUUGAGUUUUCCUGAAAUGCUUACGGGCUAAUGGUUAGGGUUACCCGCUACAGGCAUAGUGACAGCUGAAGUAAGGGUUGUAGGUAGCUGAAGUUACCCCAGGAGAGUUGCAUACCAUACCCUUGUUUGACUUUGUAUGUUAUCAUUUUAGAUGUCUGCGAAAUCAGUAGUGAGUGCACACCGAUCUACUAGCUUCCCGGAGCAAACAAGCUCCGUAUUAGGGGGCAAGUGUCACGAAAAGGCAACCAACUGCCAAUGCGAAGUCCGUCGAGUUAUAAUUCCUGAUGGGAGAAACGACAAAGAAUGCAGGUAGAUUGAUACAGUGCCGUUUUCAGUUUACUGUGCCUUCAUCCAGCCAACCAUAACCUCGACUACCAAAUGAGACCAGAAACACACACACACAUGCGCUCAUGCGUGACGCAGAUGGUCCGCAGAUGGCGUCUAGUAGAUGGGUCAUAAGCUCUUCACCAAACCAUAGUCCGUCAUUGUCUCGUCCCCUGUCAUUAUCUGUCGCUGUAAAUCGGGUAUUUGAUCAGUCAGAAAUUGGCGCACACCGGUCUCUUGGAUUCCUGAAGCAAACAGACCUCGUAUGGGGUAGAAAAUUUCCCAAACAGACAAGCAAUUACCAGGCCGAGGUCGGCUACAUUAGCAUAUAAGUUCUGUAUCAAUCUAUUCGCAUUCUCUGUCGUUUCUCCUGUCUGGUAUCUACGAAAACUGACUUUGCCAUUUGUUCUCCGGAGGCUGCAGACAACUCUUGGACAAAUUAGCAAGACACCGGAAAGGUUUAAUGGCGGCUGCAGUCUCUGCUACACAUCACACACAUCAUCAAGCACGUCCUAUGUAACAGAAAGUUUCCCUAAUCACUUCAAAGUAGCACGUUCCCGUCUUCUGCAUUUAUCGAAAGAUCGCUGUCAGAGUAAGCAUUGUAUCCGUUUUUACUCUUCACAAAUACGUGGUUUAGCUUGCAACCCCAGUAAAUGUUUAAGACCGGAUUGAGAAUAGGCAUGCAUUGCGGACGGAAGGGAACUAAGCAUAUGCCAAUUACUUUGGUAAAACUGGUGCGCAGGACCACAAGAACAUGUAGGAACGCAGAUAAAAUGUCAUCUGUGGACUUUAUUUCGCCCUCGAAUUGGGUCAGUCAGAUGCCUGAAUUUCGCACUCGCUACAGGAGUCGUGGCAUUCGAUAGUUAACUCAGUCAUCAAACGUGCGGGUUUGACAGACACUUAUCAGGCACUACGCAACUAAGACUGCUUCCUGGGACUCGUCUCUUCGCUUCUAUUGGCCUUACGCCAUUAAAUCAGAAACACAGUCCAGGGUCAUUCUCGGAAGGCUGGUGUUAACUGCACACUUCCUUUACUUCUAAUGACUUGCUCGUGUAAGCAUUCAAAACGUCAAGCAAAUAAACAGUUCCUUCCAGAGAGUUUUCCCACCUUCAUCUUCGACUGAAAUUCCUGAUCGUUAGGUAUUUUCUCUCGUUCGGAAUGUCCAGAUGAGAGUUCGAUCGUUGCAGACGAUGGCUCUUACCACCGCCCACGAGGUGAGCCCAACAAUGACUUCAGGUAAAAAUUUGCUUGCAGUGGGGCAGACUGUAGUUGCAUCCGCCUCACCCCAUCUUCAAAACCGUUCACCUUGUCACACGGUGAUAAGACGUAGCCGAAACGACCAGGUCUCUGUCCACUCAUUAGUUGACUGAGCUAAACAGGCUGUCUGCACGUGGCACACACGACCCAGUGCCUGGUCAACAUGUAGCGGACUUCAUCUCUCCACGUCUGCUGUACUGUUUUUUCCUUGAAUAGAAGGUGAGGCCGGUUUUGGUGUUCACUCAUAGAUUGGUGAUUGAGGAUAACCCGAGUGUACUCCGUCGCACGCUCCAGGAUCUACGACUUAUUCGGCAGCAGGAUUGCGCAGUCUUAGAUUAUCCGCUACGCGGUCCCAUGGUUUGGGACUGCCAAAAUAUCUACGAAGAAAUUCUUAAUCGCACCACAGUCAGCGUCUCCUGGAAUUUCUUUAGCAUUGGACGAUCGUUCCACAUCUUUCGCAGUCUCUGGUCAGUAGGCUUCGGCGGUGUAAAAUGUCCGUUUCAUUGCUGCCCGUACUUUUGUUGGCAUAGGUCUUGCGUAGAUUGCUCUCUCAAAAAAGCAGGUUUCUUUUUCGUUACCAUCGAAACAGUCAUGGGGCUGUCGAUGCGCUCGACUGAGGACUUCCAGAGCGUUGGCCUGAACGAGAUCUCACAGUUCCAGCAAGUGGAUCUCGGUGAAAGCCUUAUCUUUCUGGAAUUGUAUUUGGCCCGAUUUCCAAACCACAAGAUUGCUAAAAUCCAAUCAGCGUUCAGCUGUAGUCACUGUUGCAGUAUUUAGUUUACUUAGUGUUCGUUUAUCUUGAGAUAGUGAGCAGAGUUGACCUCAAAACCCCAUCUUACGAAUGACAGGGUGGCUGUGCGUUCUGUAGCCCACAUCGUCUCGGUCAUUAGAACGUCUUGCUGGUCACGCCUUCUGAAGAGUAUGCAGUGUUUAAGUUGCCAGUAUGCGAGCGAGGGUGCGCUCAAAGUUGCAUCUUCAAAUUUGGAAGAUCAAAGAGUACGCUUGUCAGGGGAAGAUUGUGUUCUGUGCUGGCCUACAUGCCGUAGUUGUCAAUUCCGUGGCAACCUAACAGUUUAUCGCAGGUGGCGUUGUAUCUGUGGACCUUUGAGUCAGUGAGGGUGGUCAUUUUCGUCUCCUUCGCCACACUCGCAAGGAGGACGUACUAGAUUAGACAGAUUUUGUCUUUCGCAUUGUUGUCGUGAUUCGCCGUUGGAGGAGUUGAUGCGACAGUUCCCCCGUCGUUGCCGAUUGUGCCACCGUCUGCUCCACGGCAGGGUUAAAGUAGGUUCGGAGACUUGCGCGUGACCUUGUUUAUAGUGAUAGCAGACUUGCGCGACAUCCCCCACACUCGUUUCCUUCCGCACCAGGGUCCCAUGGCCAUACUGGAGGCGGGAGAGUACGCAGGUGGCUGACCCGGCCGUUGGUCGAAUUCUUUAUGAUCUGGUCCAUCCUCAUAGCUUUAAACUAAUUGUUGCGAAGUCUUUCCGCCCCGUGGACGUGAGUUCUGGCAUAUCCACAAUUUCGGUACGAUGUCUGAGGUAUAGACAGGUAGAAAUCCAAAAACUGAGAUAAGAAUUGUCGCCAUCCUCAUUUCUACUAGUAUCUUAACUAUGGUAAAUUAAGUUUAAUCUCUACCUCCCUCUCCUUCCCCCACUCCCCCUUUCGUAGAAUUAAAUUCUCUCUUCAGGGACCACAGUGCCUUCUUCCCAUUAGUGUCAUUUAUUAACUAAUUCAACAUUGAAAUGAACUCAACGGCCGCAUGGGACCAAGUUAUAUCCUCUUAGCAAUAAAGACCCGCCUUUUGACAUUGAGGGUCAAGAGAGUAAUUAAGUCCGUCUUGAAAUGGUGCUUCACCUGUUAAUGAUGUUGAUUUAAACGAGGGAUGGCUCCGCUCACCAUCGAUCGAAAUAUACCACCCUGUGACCAGUUUACCUCCUUUGGAGCUUAUUAAUCCAAGUCGGUUCUCUUGAAACGUGUGCGCUCCGACGAAAAGCAAUGCAGUUGCCUGUCUCGUUUCACAAGCUGAACGCUUUAAAGUAGAACAUUCUCUCAAAACUGCUUUAUUCUUGUGUGCUCCCAAUCGAUUUGCGGUUCGAAUACGUUGCCCACAACGAAUAAGCAGUGGUCAUAGAAGUACUUUCAAGGGUGAGGAAGGAGACACAACGUAACUGCUGAAAACUUUGAACCGGGACGAAAUUACGAGAUGAUUGUUGACCGGGGGUGUGACUGCAUGACAGUCCGCUACCACGGUCGCCAGUGUGACCGCUUAGUCAUGCCUCAUUAGGUUCGCCCAAAACGCCAAUCCAAUCAAAUGCUUACGCUGCAAGUGACUUGGUACCGGCGUGGAGACAGCUAGAAGCCAAUUGACGUUAUGACCCCUGCUGAUUGGUUGCAGUCGAACGGUACUUAGGUGCGCUCACUCACUCCGCACCGGGGUGAACGACCCCAGCUGUUGGUUCUCGACUUGGUCAAAAACAGCUGGCAUUGCCGUCUAAGCCGCCCUUUCUGCUGCACAGGUUGCCGUUUUGGGCGUCUCCGUAACUUUUGAUUUGGGAAACCUUUGGGUUGUUCACUGGCAAAUAUCUGCAACUUAAUCUUUAGCCCCUCUCGAUGAUGUCCAGGUGGGGAUGGGGGGGGGCGUGAGGCAGACGGGAAAGAAUGAAUUGUACAAUCCAGCAAUUAGGCACUGUAAUUCUAAAAGAGCAAUUUUUGGUUAGAUGUUGUUAUGUAGCCUUACCUGAUGGACACAAUACUGUUGGGUUAGGGCUUAGAGCUGAGGUUAAGGGUUAGGGGUUAGGGUUAGGUGGUUGGGUUAAGGGUUAGGGCAACUAUUUCUCAACCAUCCAAAGUACAACUGCGCAUCCUUAGUAGCUCUUUUUUUGCAUACAAGUGCUUGAGCUAGUUGCCUGCGCGUUCCCCGGCCUCACCUGCAAAAACCCCUAUUACCAUCGGUCCCGUAUUACAGGCGGAUGGGGUUUGUUUACCUCAGGUGGGGCUGUAUAAACACAUCCGGCCUAAUUUUAAGCUGCUGGAGUUUACAUAUGACUGAAAUUGCGCAAAUUCUGAAUGACAGGCUGUUUGUAAAACGCAAAACGACGAAUCAGACGAUCAGCAGUACCUACAACGAGCGAGCUUCUGCUAGUGUAGCUUCCGGCAGAUAGCUUUUGAAAGCAAUGACUACGGGCGUAGUUACGGACCCUUACAGUUUGUUCGAAGCCGCAAUCGGUGCAAUCAGGUCAGGUAUUUCUUUUACGAGAGGUUAGUAAGCGUGAGAUUACUGAUGGGGAGUAGUUACUGAGGAAUUGCGCGUGAUAUCGGACGGUAUAAUUCGAGGACUCGUUACUCCGACGGCAAAGGGUAGUGCACAAAGCGACAUCUCUCAUGUCUGUCCGCUAGAAGGAGAAACUGAACAGGUGGAGGCUCAGUGAUAACUUCCAUAGAAACCCGGCUUCGGGGGAAGGGGGAGAGUAUAACAUUCCGUCCAUGGUAACAGUGCAUGUAGGUCUUUGCAACACACUGUAGCCAUUGCUGCCUCCACAGCUUCCCAUACCAAUCCCACACACGACCCUUCUUCUCAAACCAUACUGGAAUCCCUCAACCCCUUAUUUAAGUUCGAGAAUGAACAAAUACAUGCUUCUUAGGAGUUUAACCCUAUUUGAGAAGUCUGUUUCAGCUUCUACUUUUGCGCUGCUAGAUUUCAUUCCGCUUGCAGACAGCUGCGUGCAAAGCACAGUUUGCCAUCGGGCAGUAAUCUUGGCAAAGAUAUGGUAUGAAAACCCACUGGGAAACCGUAGUUAACUAGGACCAGACCAUCAACCGUGGUCAUGGUUGCAAUAGGUAAUAUUAGUGCCAACCCGUAAGCUUUAUAGGAAAACUCGAUCGCAACCGCAACCCUAACUCAAGCCUUAUAGCUUUAACCUUAACCCUUGCCCCCAACCCCAAAACACCAACACUAACCCCAGAAGCCCAAUCCCAAACUUCAUCCCUAAAACCCUAACUCAAGGCCGAAAACCCAAGCACUAGCCUCAACUCCAAAUCCAAGCCGUAACCAGAGCAUAGAAAACCUAGGCCUAGGAAUAAUCCAACUCAUAGCCCUAACCUCAACCUCGAGCCCGAUAAGAGCAAGUUUAAAGCCAGUAAUGCUAAUGAAGGUCGAAUACCGCGCACCACAUAGCCCCUUUUGGAGACUUAUUACCAGGAAGGCCUUUAUGCACCACAUCUGCCUAAAUAAGAUAAGAAGGUGAAUUUUUGACCAAUCAUCCCAGGUAGGUUACAGGCCAUAUCCUUACCGGUGCUUUUAAUGCAUCUUCCCCGAUGGGAGAAAUGUCCCUUCUUGACGGUUCCCAUGACGACGAAGGGUGUGCUACAGAUCUCGAUGAACACCAUUUGGUACUUCAAACCAUUUAGACGGCACGAAUUUCCUUCGGUAAUCUGGUGAAGAGGCUAGUUUGGUGUCUCCUUUAGCUGGCUUAUGGAACGGGCAGUUGCUGUGAGUCCAACCAAGGAGGCCUUUGGUCAAUAUUCUAGUACACCUGAUGCGAGUCUGCAACACAUAUUCCUGCAGAUUCUUCUUGCCAUCGAUGGUUCUACGGUCACUCAAAAGGCCACCUUCUUAACUCAUUUUGGAUUCUUGGUGGAUCUAAAACAUCGUCGACUCAGAUUUUAAUCAUGCCAGCGUCCCGGUCCGGCAUCAUUAUUUCUGUUUCUGGCUGUGCGCACACCUAUGUGUUCCCACAAUUUUCCCUCCUGACAGAUCCUUCUAUCUGGAAAGUACUAUUUGGUGCACUGUCAUCCAUCCCAUGAAUGUUGAGUGCCCGCCAAAAUUAUCCCAACCGUAUCCUCCGGAAUUGAUCAGUUUUAGUAUUUCCCAGACAAGGCUCAGACAUACGCUCGCGGUAUCUGACACUUAACUGCUGGUCAUCGUGGCCCCAUGUUGUCCCAAAGAAGGCGACUAGCGAAUGGUGACUGUGCGUUGCACUUACUAGACAGUUCGACCAUCGUUGCCUUCGAUGUCAACCGUGUGCCCCACAGUAAGGUGGGAGCAGGGACGGUGACGUGUGCCUGAACUACUUUAUACUGAUAGUGGACUUGCACAGAAUCUACCGCACUCUCUUUCCUCUUCCCCCAACUGAGCCCGGUGUCAAGACUGAGUCAAGAAAAGCGGAGUCGGGGAGGGUGCAGGUGGAUGUCGCGGCCGAGCCCUCACCUUGGCGCUCCACUCCUGGUCCACACAGCAAAUGAGCAGGUCCUUGAACAACAACAACAAAGGGGGGUCAGCAGAGGUCUCAAUGUGCGCGACGUCUGCCGGCAACCGGGUCUGCCACCGCACCCCGAAAUAUUGGCAUUUAUUUUGGUGUGCAAGUCCGAUAACGCCUGCCAGAAUCCGAUAGGGCCCGUGUCUGCCACGCGGCCCGUUAGAGAGCACUGUACUUACUAACCCUCCUUAUGAGUACGCUGUCCAAAUAUCGGAAAUUCCAGUUUGUGGCUUCACAGUAAGCACGUGUUCUCCAAAAUCAAUAUGAAUUUCUCCCGCCGUCAAAUACCAAUCUAACUCAGGAAUGCGCCUAGACUACCGUUACCAUUUUCUCGGGGCGGCUAGAGCUAACUGACCUGUCCUUUGGAUUAAGGGGCGUUAUUUUGACUCAUCAGAUAUUCACCGGUCAAGCAUUUCACAGUCUCUACUAUGUCCCCCGCUUUCAUCGAUGAGCAUCCGGUAGCAUUCUUGGACCACUGCUAGCAAGAGGCCCAUCUUCGAGAGUUGUUUGAAUGGACCGACUCCUAUGACAGCAUUAUCAACGCCGCCAAAUGUGGGCCUGGAGUAUCCAGACUUAUUUUUCCGGCCCGCGUAAUGAACACAAGAGUCAAGCUCUGGCCUGAAGAGGCUUUGACCAGCUCGGGUGCCUUUGCCUUUUACCCACCCACCAUAUCGCCGAGUUUGUUCACAUCGGGGUCAAAUGAGUUUCUACUAGUUUUCUUCCCCAGGCCUCAACCACCCUGCAUCUUAAGAACCUUCCUGUUUGCUCCGUGAAGAUGUUUGUGAUCAUCGGGUCGGCUCCCUAG